UGGUGAUAACCAUGAAGAGAAGACACUAGCAGAUCAAAGCAGUGGUGAAACAACCAUGAAGAGAAGAGGGACACUAGCAGAUCAAAGCAGUGGUGAAAUAACCAUGAAGAGAAGAGAGACACUAGCAGAUCAAAGCAGUGGUGAAAUAACCAUGGAGAGAAGUGAGACACUAGCAGAUCAAAGCAGUGGUGAAAUAACCAUGAAGAGAAGAGAGACACUAGCAUAUCUAAGCAGUGGUGAAAUAACCAUGAAGAGAAGAGAGACACUAGCAGAUCUAAGCAGUGGGGCAUCUUUUAGCGAGAUCAGAAAGAACAUGGAGAAUUCAAUGAAGCCAGUGUUCAUUAAUGCUGUGUGUCAAUCGUUAAUUAACAAAGACACAGUACCUUCCUUAAAGAUUAGAGAUGUUGCAGCUGUCAAUCAUGAAGUUGCUGAGAAACAGAAAGAUCCCAGCAAUGAUAGUAUUUUCAUCGAUGGAAUAUCGUCCAUGUGGAGCGGACCUGAAAAGUUGUUGGGCACACGUGAUGCUGUCGUCAGCGAAAUAACAUUAGACACGAAGAAAGGAAACAGUUUGUGCAAUAGCGAUGCUGAUUCCGAGAAAGAAAAUCAUUCAAAUGAAACGGGCGAGAAUGCCUUGACUUGUGAAAAUUGUCACGUUAAAGUUUCUUCAAAGGAAGAUCUUAUUUCGCACCGCACAACCUGUCAUGUCAGCAACGCUUUCAUUUAUCCAUGUAACGUUUGUACUCAAGUAUGUCGAAGUACUGCCGGUUUACAGAAACACAUUGAAUACCACGCAAAUCACCAGAAGAACAUGCAAUGUAGUAUAUGUUUUCAAGAAUUUACAAAGCGAGAGGAUCUCGAGGAACACAUCAUCGCGAUUCACAUGGAAAAGAGGCCACACAAGUGUUCUUAUUGCCCCAAAACCUUUCGAGAUCCAGGCUCUCUUCAAAAACACGUAAGAAUUCACACUGGAGAAAAACCAUACAAAUGCUCAGCCUGUGACAAAUCGUUUGCCGAGUACAGUUCACUAAGGAAGCACAACAGGAUACAUACGGGAGAACAGCCAUACAAGUGUCAGUAUUGCUCUAAAGCAUUCUCCAUUUCUGGCAAUCUUCAGCGUCAUAUAUUAAUACACACUGGAGAACGGCCGUACAAAUGCAGCGAGUGUCCCAAGACCUUUAAUAAUCCCAGUCAUCUACGACGUCACGAGAAGAAUCUUCAUUCCAAAUUGGAAUGCGAAAAAUAAAAUUAUAUUUACAGUAAGUGCCGAUGCACUUUUUGCGUUUAGCUGUUUUUAAAUAAUUGCGGUACAAAAAAUAUGUUGAAUCCUCUUCAAUUUACUUUUCAAUCAAUUGAUUACUAUUUACAGUAGGUGCCCAUGCACUGUUUUAAGUUUUUCUAUUUUGAAAGCAGAGCGGUACGAAAUUAUGUUGAAUCUUUUGCAUUUUUGUUUUCAAUCACUUGAUUGCAAACCUUGUGUAAUUGCUUAUAAGUUGAUGAAAUUGUAGAUUUAAAGUAGAAACAACACUGCAUUACGAAAGAAUGUCUUUUGAUGAAAGUUAGUACUUUUAGUAAUAGCUAAUAUACAGAUAACCCAAACAGUCCAAUAUUAUUUGAUAUUGCCUGAGAAAAACUGUAAAAAAUGCAGUAGAUGUUCUAUUUUAGGGUCGUUUUUGUUAAUAUAGAGACUUUCAGGAGUUGGAGGGUAGAGGCGUUUUACAGAGAUGUAUUUCAAAUGACCACCUAUCUUGAUGUAUGCGCCUCUGUAUCGACUCUCCUAGUUUUUUUAUUAGGAAAACUGCGUUCAUAAGUUUUUUUUGUUGGAAAAGCUAACUAUUAUUUACCAAAGUAGAAUACCAAAUUGGUACGCUUGUCUAUGUAAGAAUUUAUAAUUCAUCGCGUGUAUUAUUUUCGAUACUUUAUUGUAAAGACUCACUUUGAGAAUUAUCUACAUUAUCUAUUCUUUAACCUCGGAAUUUAUGCAACAAAAUUUCAAACCAUACGAAAACAUAUUCGAAAUACUCAGAUAUGAAAUUGCGUUGUAUCAAAUUGUAAGGUUAUUUGAAAUAAUUUUAUUCGUUAAGAAAUUGACAGGUGUUUUUUGUAAGCAUCGCGUGCGUGUGAUGCAGAAAUUUUAGAUAGCAAACAAAAACACCUGUGGAACACGCUUCUUGUUUUGUGCAACGCCACGUUGCCAUAAGAGAACAAUCAUAAAUAACAAAUAUGUGUAUUUGCACACUGAAAAUAAUUAGGAAUAGAAAUGUUACGUUGAGCAAGAUAUGUUAUACAAAAUAACUUGACACUUGGACUGUUAUUAAUAUGUCAAUAUAAUAAGUCAACAUAUAGUAUGUUUUAUAUAUAGAAUUUUCUGUGUGCUCGAUGCAAAGACUUAAUAAUUAAAUACAAUUAAAGAUAUAUGUCUUUCUAUUAGGGAAUAAAAUUUGUUUUGUUGGAA